AGCCCACCCACAACGCACCACACCGCAACAGGGUCCACGGGUCGAAUUCGCUCGAUUCCAUCUCCUACGCAGAAACACUGACACAAAUGAACUCAUCACCUUCCUACCUUCUUCUUCACUUGAUGCCGCCUGUCUAGCUAGCUACUCACAUAUGUCAUUCAUGGCGGGCUCAAGGCAGACGCGGACAACAUGGUGCAGCCGCUGCGGCGCGUCCAUCUCCACGCCGCCGGGCGCGCGCUCCGUUCGGUGCGCGCUCUGCCACACCAUGACGCGCGUGGAGCGCCGGCCGCAGCACAACGGCGGCCUGCACCAGGCCGUGGGCUUCAUCAAGGGCCUGCUCUUCGGGUCCCCGUCGCAGCCGCCGCCGCCGCCGCCGUCCGCGUCGUCCGGGUCGAUGCGUGCCGGCGACCCGUACCGCCUGCCGGCCAGCUACCCGCGCGCCCCCGGCAAGAAGCGGGCGCUCCUCGUUGGCAUCAGCUACAGCUUCACCAAGUACGAGCUCAAAGGCACCGUCAACGACGUCAACUGCAUGGCCUACUUGCUCGGCCAGAGGUUUGGCUUCCCCAGCGACUGCAUCCUCGCCCUCACGCAGGAGGAGAAGGACCCGAACCGUUGGCCGACAAAGGACAACAUCCGGCUGGCGAUGCGGUGGCUGGUGGAGGGCUGCACCUCCGGCGACUCCCUGGUGUUCCACUUCUCCGGCCACGGCGUCCAGAAGCUGGACAACAACGGCGACGAGGUGGACGGCUACGACGAAGCGCUCUGCCCUCAGGACUUCGAGGAUCGCGGCGUGAUCCUUGACGACGAGAUCAACGAGACCAUCGUCCGCCCCCUCGGCGCAGGCGUCAAGCUCCAUGCCAUCAUCGAUACCUGUCACAGCGGCACCAUCCUGGAUCUCCCCUACCUCUGUCGCAUAUCCAGAACUGGGUACUGGCAAUGGGAGAACCACAACCGUCAACCGGACGCGCAGAAAGGCACCAGCGGCGGCCUGGCGAUCUCCUUCAGCGGUUGCGGGGACAGCCAAACCUCUGCAGAGUCAAACACGACGGCGUUCUUGGGCUCCCACUCCACCGGUGCCAUGACGUACAGCUUCAUCAAGGCGGUGGAGUCCGAGCCGGGCACCACCUACGGUCGCCUGCUCAGCGCGAUGCGGGCCACCAUCCGCGACAACGGCGGUGAGUCCGGCAUCCCUGGGCCCAUCGGCUCCUUUUUCCGCCGGGUCAUCACCUUCAGCAACGCACAGGAGCCUCAGCUGUGCGCGUCCGAAGCAUUCGACAUCUACAGGAAGCCGUUUAUCUUGUAAUUAUGGAACCAUAACCGUGUUUCUGAUUGGCACUCUUCUUCGCCAUGUCACUUGUGAUCUCUCCGUUUAGUAGUUAAGCUCAUCCUGCAUCCGUUGUGUAAUCUCUACUUUUCUUUUUGCGGGGACGUGUAAUCUCUACUUCCGCAAACCCUAUGUUACGCCCGCAAGCAUCUUAUAAACAACCUUUCGCUCAAGCGCAACAAAUUUAGGCGGGUUCAUUUGACGCGUGCAUUAAGUCAA